AACCUCAGCUGCUUUGCCUCAUAUAUGAUCUGCGAGCUAACGUUGCCUGCCUUCCGUAGUGUCUACUAAGCAACCGUCACAUCUCUAUCGUUCCGCCUGCUCCGCUGCUUUGCUUUCGCUCAGAUGUCGUCGACGGCUGUACAUGCAAAAUCUCUCUCCACACUCACAGCACUUGCAUCCAAUCCUCCAGCAUAUCCUAGAAAUCCAACCCACGUGAAGCACGACCCGUUGGUGCUCUACAUUGCUCGAGUGCCUGGCAGCAAAGAUGUUUUUCUUUCGCCCAUGAAACCGCGGGAGAAAGUGGUCACUGCAGAGGACAUCACGAGCUCUCUCUACUUUGUUCAUGUGGAACACCCUCACGAUACCAACCUCAUCAACUACUCAGGAUUUCAGGAUUCGAAUCAUCCUGAUGAUGCAAGUCGAGGAGCUGCCUCGUUCAUCCAACGAAAGGCUGUUCCGGGUCUUCCAGCGGUUGCACCUGCGCGAAAGCCUGUACCUGGAACCUUAUCUCCUAUCGCAGACUUCGACAAUCGGCAGAAUGCAAGUGCAGGCCAAUAUGCUCACCGACCGGAAAUGCUGAGCGCUGCGUACGAACCACGUGGGUCCUACGAUUCAAGUCGAUUGCAGACGGAGAAUGGCCUGCCGCCAACACAACCACGAAGACCCGAAGGGAGCACUAGGCCCACUGGCAUAUCACUUACUCUCAUUCGAAGGGAUCCAUCAUCCGGAGCCCAGUGGAAUGUUGCUCGCAUAGAUGACCCAACCAUCGCUGAGAUUUCAUCCGUAGGACUGAGUGAGGCUGCUGCAAGAAGAAAACCAGGCGCCCCAAUGUUCAUUGAGAUCUCGAAUCCGGGCUACUCCAAAUUCCUCCAUUCGGACGUGGACGAGCGACCUUCAUUGCCUACUCGGACUAGCGACUUGUCAGUGCGAUCUUACCAAACGUCAAACACUUCGCCGUAUCCGACCCCAGAUCGUUGCCCGGAGCCCUCCUCGCGGAGUAGCAGUGUCUUCCGUCGUCGUUUGUGGAUGGAGGGUUCUCAUCUGGGCGGCGGGUUUGGUCAUCGAAAAAGUGGUUCUUACGAUAGGACCCCAAGUCGGCCCACUUCAAGAGGGGCCCACGACGAUGCCCCGUCCAUUCAUCAGCCAUUGCCCUCACCGUCUUUCUUAACAAGGGAAGAUCAAGCAUAUGGGACACUUCAAGUCUCUGAACGACAGUCGAACUUUCGAGGUUAUGUGUUCACGAGUCCGUGGAACGGGCGCUGCGAGUUCAUCACAGGUGCCAGCGGCGGUACUUUGAAGUGUCGUCAUGUGAUUCCUGGACUGCAAGGUGCAGCUCCUGCAGCUGCGACUGUAAGUGAAUUGAGAUUCAACCUCCCAAGUGCCGCUCCUGCACCGUCGCCACGGGAGGAGACAUCUAAGCGAUCAUCUUUCUUCAGGCGAGGGCGGCAUAGUCGUAACAAUUCAUCGUUAUCUGUCGUUCCUGAUGAUGAAGUGGAAGACACGAGGAGUUCGUUGGACCGCCUGGAUCUGUCUCUUGGCCAAGAAUUUGCCGGUGGUGGCUUUGGCGGAAAGCAGGCAAAGCUGGGCAAGAUCAUCCUUGAGGAUGAAGGCUUGAAGAUGAUGGAUUUGCUAGUAGCAGCUAACAUAGGAUUGUGGUGGAGAGCGUAUGAGAGAGCCCAGGCUGCUGCACGAGGUGACAGAGGCGACUACUGAGCCAAGCAUGAUAGCAAUAAGGACCGUAAGCAAGAGAAGUCACAGACAUUCCGGUAACGCUCCCAAGGCCAUCAGCCGAGUCCCCUGAUAAUCCCAUCAUGAUGCGGUGUUU